ACGGACUCGUUGGGAAACUCGCCAGAACCACCGCAAACCGACGAACAGGGCCACUACGUAGGACCUGCAUCCGGUGUUUCGUUUCUCUCUCGAAUACAAAAAAGGCUGAAAGUUCAAUCUCCUGGAUAUUUAAACUCGUCCGUCUUCAACUUUGGGGAUCGUCCAUUGCCCGGACAAGAUUCAUCGUUUGCGAUUUUACCGCCAAAACCUCAAAAGAUACUUCGACUUUGCUGCAACCACACAUCGCUUUCUACAUCGCCCUACUAUAGAAUCCUGGCUCGAGGUGUUGUAUGACACCAACGGGUCCAUGCUCUAUAAAGACUCUGCAAGGAGUCAAACAGCACUUCUGUUCAUGGUUUUCGCCCACUCGAAUAAUUAUCAGAAACACGCUGAAAACCUUUGCUCAUCAUCUUUACUCCUUAGUGCUCGUUUCUUUGCUGUGGCGAAACACCAACUCUCUAUGGAAAAGGGCGAGAUCAGGCUGGCACACAUUCAAGCGCGACUGGCACAGUGCUUCUAUCUCUUGACGCAGUCAAGACUUAACCAUUGCUGGACGCUAUUUGGCAUCACUGCUCAAUUAGCAAUGGCACUCGGCAUCCAUAGGAAGUCGCGAGUGGACCCAAAGACGUCUGAUGGCCUGGACUACGUUAACUUGGAAUGUCGAAAACGUACUUUUUGGUAUGCUUACAACCUCAAUACAUAUCUCAGCGCUGCUUUGGGGCGGCCAAUGACCUUUCAUGACGAAGACAUUGACCAGGAAUCGCCGCUUUGCGUUGACGACGAUCAACUCCACCCUGGCUAUGGGACCCGGCUAACAGAAGGUGGCUCUUCACUGGCUUCGGCACCGGUCGCCCAAAUCAAGCUCUCGAGGAUAGUAGCCCGAGUUCUGAGAAGUCUUUACGGCAUCAAAUCAUGUUCUACUGAGGAGCACCUUGCAUUUGCUACAAGGUUCAACAGAGACUUAUCCGAGUGGCGAGACUUAAUUUCUUACCUCCUUGACACGGCUGGACCUUCGGCGUUAGAUGUCAAGUUGGUCCUAAGGCAACGUGAUGUUCUCCAGCUUGCUUAUUGGCACGCCCAAAUUCUCGUCCACAGGCCCUUCCUCCUCAAGUCUCUGAGUAGCAUCUCUGACAGUGGUCACGAAGAAGGCACUGAAAUUUUGCGGUUGAGGCACGAAGAGAUUCGAAUGAACCUUCAGCUUUGCGUUGACGCCGCCAUAGAAAUCACCAAGCACAUACAUCUGAUCAACGAUGCCGGUGAGCUCUAUAGCACGCUAUUUGUGAGUUACUACUCUAGGUUGAGCAUGCAGCGCUACGGUGUUGUCCUGCAGGAAUUACGCCUCGAGGUUCUGCGGAAUAACACCUAUCUCGCAUCAGUCUCAACUCCUAGAGCUGGAGAUUGGUCGACGACAAAAGAGAUCAAUGAGAACCAGGCGGCCUCCUGCCAGAAGCCUUGAUCGCAUCUCAGGAAUGGCGAGAGCGAAUCGAGACUUGUCAUGGGUCGAGCUGCCGAAAGCGUUCUCCAGGAUGGUGCCGCUCCAUUCCAUGCGUUCGAUGUCGGAUUUCUCGACAUGACGAAUUGGGCUCAAUUCGAUUCUCUGGCAAGUAACAUUUCCACAUAGCAGUGCCAAACUCCAAACGUCUAACAGCGAAUUUUCCUGGAUCAUAGGUCACAGGGGGCACGGGGACUUUUAAUGCUUUGCUUCACGACGACUCCGCCAAUCUUUGGGGUCAUAGUAACGACCUAGAGCUUAAUCCCUAAGGUGUCCCCCCAUUCUCGAGCCGCCAAAUUCUGAACAGAUUUAUCAAUCAA